AUGGAAGUGCAGUCGAAAUUGCCCUUCCUCCAUACGGUUAUCGGGGGAAUUGGCAUCCUUGGUAACGCAGUGGUCUGCGUUGUCAUCGUCAAGGUCCCAGUCAUGCGAACACUGACCAACGCUUUCAUCUUCAACCAGGCAUUCGUCGAUCUCCUCGGCUCACUGGUCAUGGCUCUGCAGAGCAACAUCCCGGCGCCGACAGAGCUGAAUCAGAGCGCAGUGAUCGCAGCGAUUCAGUGCUACAUCUGGAGAGCCAACCUAAUCCUCUGGGUUCUGUUCUUUGCCUCUACUCUGAAUCUUGUCAUGCUCACGGCGGAGCGCUACGUUGCCAUCGCGCACCCGCUGAAAUACCUGACUUACUUCGGUAAAAAGCAAGCAACGAUCAUGCUGGCGGCAGUCUGGGCGUUUGCGAUUGCCUUCAAAGCUACUGAUGCCCUCUACUACCGGAUCUCGGAUCAUACUUGCAUGUUUACCAGUCUCUCUCCAGCUGCGAGCUUUUCAUGGGGAACUAUUUCAUUCCUCGUCGAGUAUCUACUACCCUUGAUCUUUAUGACUUCCUGCUACGUCCACAUCAUUUAUCAGCUGAAGAAGGCCUCAUCUACAGUCCAUGCUGAGCCGACAAGCAGCCAGAAUAACAGCAACAGCCUGAGUGGUUCUCUAGUCCGUGCCAGGCGAAACACACUGUUGACCCUUUUCAUCGUCUUUAUUACGUACACCAUCUGCUGGUCGCCAAAUCAGAUCGCGUUUCUGAUGUUCCACUUCGGAUUCAAGAUAGACUUCAAUGGUACUUUCUAUUUCGUCUCGCUGGUACUUGUUCAGCUGAACUGCUGUAUCAAUCCUAUCAUCUACGCCUUCAAGUACAAACAGUUCCAGGCGGGUGUACGAGUGCUGCUGACGCAGUGCUGUCCAAGAAUUGCUCCCAGAAGACGCGAGGUGGAAUUGGUCCCGACGGUUUCGCAAGGGCUGCAUCCAUUUUAAAGAGCCCAGGACAACAUAGAAAUGUUUUGGAACAGGUAAUACAUUAAAAAUGCAUCAUCGAAAAUCUACUUGAAACCUUGUCUCAGAUGGCUAACUACUUAUGAGGAUUGAGACAACUUUGAAGACGAUAUACACGCUGUGUCCAACAAAUAAAUGUGGACCACACGCCGGUUGAUGAGCAAGAGAUAGCAACACGACA